AUGCCCAGAAGCAAAGAAGCAAAUACGGGCUCUGUCUCAGCCCUGAUCGCGCAGGAGACUGUCCCAGAGGGAAUAGACAGUUUUGAACUACCGCGAAGUCUCGUUACCAGGAUUGCUCGCAGCGCACUGCCAGACCACGUGAAGAUUCAGAAGGAAGUUAUACUCUCGAUUGUCAAGUCGGCCACCGUCUUCAUCAACUACCUCGCUGCUACAGCGCACGAUGUAGCGAGCUCGAAGCAGCACAAGAGCAUCUCCGCCUCGGACGUGCUCAAAGGCCUCGAGCUCAUCGAAAUAGGCGACAUGGUCGAGCUGCUCCAGCAGGAACUACUCGUAUAUCGCGAGAUUCAGAAGGCGGACAAGAACAAACGCGGCGGGGGCAGCGUUGCAAGCGUCAAGGGUAAGGCACGCGAGUCCGAGCAGACGUCUAUCUCUGCCGCUUCGGCGAAGUCCAAGGGCAGGGGGAAAGAGAGGGAAAAGGGGCCGACCAUCACCAUCUCUCGCCCGCAGGCGCGUGCCUCCGCUCCUGGGCCUGCUACAGAAUUCGAGCAGGGCGAGGAGACGGAUGGCGACCUAAGGCCAGAACAUGACACCGAGCUGGACCAGGUCGGAGACCCUGACGACGAGGAGAUGCUCGACUACUCGGAAGUUCAGGAAGAUGCCUAUGAGGAAGGCAGAGAGGAUGCUGGAGAGAUCGAGGAUGUGAUGGUAGUGGAAGAAGAAGAGCAAACGCGAGAUGCACGUGGGCUGGAGGAGGCCGAUUAUGAUUGA